GAAGCUUGUUUGGUCUGUGGGGUGGUUAUCGAGAGAGAGAGAGAGAGAGAGAGAGAGAAUGGCUUCUUCGUCUUCAGCAUUUACCAAGCUUUGCUUUCACUGCAAAGCUCCCUCUGUUAACUUCUUCAUAGGCUGGCAGCUUCGUAAUGGUGGUUUCGCCAUGCUUUGCUAUAGCUGUGGUUCUGCUUAUUCGAAGGGAACAUUCUGUGAUACUUUUCACCCUGAAGCCACUGGUUGGAGAGAUUGUGCUUCAUGUAGGAAGCGGAUUCAUUGUGGGUGCAUUAUGGCAUCCAGUACAUAUACAAUACUGGACUUUGGUGGUGUGAAAUGUACAGAGUGUGCCGUGAAUGAAGCUUUGGCACCACACAGAUGCUCACCAAGCUUCUGGAGCCCUCAGGCUAUUCAGCAUGCAAUGGACUCUGCUAAAAGGCUAUAUAUUGACCAUGAGAAAGCAAUAACAGGAAUUAAAUCAGGAAUUGAUCCAAUUGCAUCACCUAAUUCUGUAGUAUGCAAUGUCUUACCUAAGAAGAUAGCCACUCCAACUAUUCCCGGAGCAGCAUUUCAAGCGCAAUUUCCUUUAUCAGAAACUGGAGAAGAGUCCUCUGUGAAUUCACCUGAUGGAACCAAUAAUUCUUGUCAAAAGAAGGGAGGAAAACAUCGAAAGGAUGUCUACAGAAAAACUAGGGUACAAUCUAGAUACUCACCGCAGACCAGCUUGGAGGAGCUAAAGGAAAUCUGCAGAGUGUCACAAUCAAGCCUUGUUCCUUUGUUUUCGAAAACAUUGACUGCUAGUGAUGCUGAAGCCAGGAAUGGGCGCCUUGUGUUACCGAAAAGAUGUGCAGAGGCUUAUUUCCCCGAUAUUUCGGCACAACAAGGAAUCUUUGUUGUAGUGCAAGACAUAAAAGGAGAUGACUGGGAAUUCUACUACCGUUACUGGUCAAAUACUAAUGGAAAGAUGUAUGUGCUUGAGGGGCUUAAAGAUUACAUAAUCUCGGAGCAGUGGCAACCAGGUGAUACAGUUACAUUUUAUAAAAGAGAAGAAGAUGGAAAAUUGUUUAUGGGGCUAAAAAAGGUUCAGGCUGGAAAAUCAGAUUAGAGAGCUCAGCUUGAUGUUUGAAAACGACUUUACCCUUCAAAGACCAGUGUGAAUCUUGUGGUUUUCGUGGAAGGUGUUGAAGUUCUUUUUGCACAUGCUGUCAUCAGGCAGCGAACUAUUACGUUGGUGUCAGAGUAGGUUCAAGGACAUCUGAAUAAUGCCUGAUCUCUUCUUAAUGUGGACAAAUGAGGAUUAUGCUUGGCAUGUCAGCAUGCAUACGUGGCUCCACUUAGACAUAAGAAGUAAGCUGCCCCGCUGGUUAACAGUUGUCAGGGGGAAAACCACUUGUGCAAAGUUGACUACUUCAGUGACCAGGUCAUGCAAUAGCUUCCCUCCUGACUGGGAAAAUCCUGAUAUUCAGUUUCUUUCGAUUCAUAGAGUUGAACCACACAGUCUAACAGCAAUCAAGUGAACGCUGCCGGCUCAUGCACUUGUCUUAACAAGAAGAAGCAUGAGGUAGUGAGUAAUGUAUCAGGAUAAAUCCCUGUGCAACCAGAACAAAUCCGUAGUCAGAGUUGGACUCCUACUAGAGAGUUGGGUUCACGGAAACAGGUUAUAAUGAAAACUUCUAAGCCUUUGUGGAGAGUUGUUGCCAAAGAAAAACCCGUUUGUGGGGGGGGUGGGGUGCUGAAAAGCUGUGUUUCAGCCUGUGUUACAUGUCAGUAGCUCAACUCUGCUUAUUCCCUACUCCUGAAACUCAACUGAUACUAGGCUAAUAUGAAGCAAAGAUUUCCUUCUCAGGGAUCUGAUAUAUCUCCUAUCCUGAAACCAGCCUUAUUUCCUUACCCAAAUGCAACAGUUACUUACUAAAAUAUAUCAGUGACAAUGGUAAAACACACUACUUGCUUCCAUUGUACCAAAUGAAGUGGCUAUGGGCUAUGGCUGCAGGAGCUACCAAGUAACAAGAGGAAAAAGCUUGCCCAUGGAGGAACAAGAUGAGAACAAUCCCACCUUUGUUCGAUUGUUUUGGGAAUAUUAGUCGUUCAGAAUAUUAGGAAAACAAGGUGUUACUCUACGCUACAUACCUAAGAAAUAUCUAUUUUUAAUUUGGAAAUUUAUUGCUUUUUUAAAAUUUAUA